AUGGAAGCCUGGGGGGAGGCCUCCUCCAUCUUGCACAAGGGCGAGGGUGAGGCACAUCCUCACUCCUGUUUGAUUGACGAGAGAGGAAAGUAUGGUUUGAUCUCCGAUCUUGGCCUGGACAGAAUCUAUGUCUACCGUUUGGAUGUUGCUGCUGGAGCUUUGAUUGAGGAAGAGGUUCUGAGUACUGCUGCCAAAGCUGGGCCCAGACAUAUGUGUUUUCAUCCCAAGGGCCGGUUUGUGUAUGGCAUCAAUGAGCUGGACUGCACUAUCAAUGUGUACGCCUUUCGCAAGGACGAUGCAAUUCUUGGCCCAAUCUUGCAGACUGUGUCCACUUUGCCAGAAGGUUACAACAACCAUGAUCAUGGCAAUGCCAAGAAUGUGAAAGGCGAUCCAGCAUCUGGCCCGAACCGCCCGGAUCAAACGAAUGCCACUGCAGAUAUUCACAUCUCUCCUGACGGCAGAUUCCUGUAUGGCUCCAACCGUGGUCACGAUAGUUUGGUAUGUUUCAGCAUUGCCAGAGAUGGCUUGCUCAAGCUGGUGGGCUUUACCUAUACUGGAGGGGAGCACCCUCGGAACUUCAGCAUUCAUCCAUCUGGAAACUGGAUCUUGGUGGCCAACCAGGACAGCGACAACGUGGUGGUUUUUCGACGGGACCGACGCUCGGGGGAGCUUGAAGAUUCUGGCAAAAGAGUGAACAUGAAGACAGCCAGGUGCAUUCUUUGGGGCAAUCCGCGGAGGAAAUUGAGAAAACCCACCUGGCACACUGUGGCUGAUUUGACUCCAGAGCAAAAGGGAGUCAACCUCUAUGUGAAGGUUGUCAAAGUGCUGAGUGUGGGAGACUCAGGUCUUGGCUUUUGGCGACAGCGUAUUGCAUUGGAGGAUGGUCAGGCCGCUAGGUGA